AUGGCGCCCUUUGUGGAGGAACCCGCCGAGGAAUCUCGUGCAUUCUCAUCUAAGGUGGCGCCCAAUCUCGUGGCACCCGAACCAGAGCACUGCCCAGGUCCCGAAUCCGAGAAAGCUGGUCAAGGCGAUGCAUGCGCCGGCUGUCCCAAUCAACAAAUAUGCGCUACCGCGCCCAAAGGCCCGGACCCCGAUAUCCCAAUCAUCACAGAACGACUCUCCCAGAUAAGACACAAGAUCCUAGUCCUCUCCGGCAAAGGUGGAGUGGGCAAGUCGACAUUCUCAACUCUACUAUCUCACGGAUUCGCCGCAAACCCAGACUCCACCGUCGGUAUCAUGGACACGGAUAUCUGCGGCCCGUCAAUUCCCAAGAUGAUGGGCGUGGAGUCGGAGACGAUUCACGUUAGCAACGCUGGCUGGAGUCCCGUGUGGGUGACAGAUAACCUAGGCGCUAUGAGCGUGCAGUUCAUGCUGCCGAAUCGCGAUGACGCGGUCAUUUGGCGCGGACCCAAGAAGAAUGGUCUGAUUAAACAAUUCCUCAAGGAUGUGGACUGGGGCGAGCUGGAUUACCUUAUUGUGGAUACGCCACCCGGAACCUCCGAUGAGCACUUAUCCGUCAACUCUCUCCUGAAAGAGUCUGGUGUUGACGGUGCCGUGGUCGUGACCACUCCGCAGGAGGUUUCGUUGCUGGAUGUCCGCAAGGAGGUUGAUUUCUGUCGCAAGGCUGGUAUCAAGGUCCUGGGUCUGGUUGAGAAUAUGUCUGGCUUCGUGUGUCCGAGCUGUACCCAUGAGUCGCAGAUCUUCCGUGCAACAACCGGCGGUGGUCGUAGGCUUGCCAAGAAAAUGGGCAUUCCCUUCUUGGGUGCUGUGCCUUUGGAUCCCCGGGUCGGUAUGGCGUGUGACUUUGGAGAGAGCUUCGUGGAUAACUUCCCCGAUAGUCCGGCGUCGAAGGCUAUCAAGCGUGUCGUGCGGGCAGUGGGCCAAGCUGUUGGAGAGAACCCUGAUGAUGUUCUGCCCGAGGACUUGAUUGGUUGA